CUUCGUCCCACCUAUGCGCAACCUGCAGUCACUACAGCCACCUUUCGCAGAAUCGCUUCUAGAUCUAAACACUUUAGCCAGGUUAACAAUCUCUCUCCAAACCCAAAUGGAUAUAGAAGACAGUUUAAGUAACAUCUAAGUAGUAUAAUUCACUGCCUAAAUGAUCUUAUUCAAUCAAACCCCCGCCUUUUGCGUGGAACUAAAUCCGAUAUGCCGCUUUCAGUAAACUUUUCGAUCGCACUUAGCAAGCUUGAACCCAAUGAAAUUGUGAAUAUUCUACUACUUCACAUUCCUCAAGAAAUCCAAGAAGUCUUAGGGAGGCCGGGUGUUACAGGUGAUGAUCUACUCGCGCUCCCCCGGCAAGACGACAAGCUUAGUGGGUGGAUUGUAUACAUUGAUAUUGUUACAGAUAAAGAGGGUCACACGUUAGGUUUAUACGUUAGUUCUGCUACAGGUUAAGGAAGCAGACUUCAAAGAUAGUUAGAAUACGAU